AUGGACUCUUCAAGCAGAAACCUAACGCAGUAUUUACCGUCACCCAUGGAGUCCUUAUCGAGGUUAAAGCGUAAGGGUGUAGACAAUUUCCACAAAGUGAAGAAAUCCGGUAAAUCCAUCUACAACUAUAACUAUUCGAAGUUUGUUCCUCAUCCAUUUUCUACCAUUGAUGAAACCAUCAAGCAUUCAGAAAGUGACCACGAUGACCAUUUGGAGACUAUAGAGACUCUAAAGGGGAAGAAAGUUGAAAGUUCUAUUUAUAAAAGAACUGUUGGUAAGUCACUACGUGCAGAGUCUCAACUCUCUCUCGGUGAUUCAGACGCUCUUACUCUCGUGAAUUCUACAUCUACUUUCAAAUUAAACAGUGCGUCCACUUCGACCUCCUUAGUGUCUUCAUCUUCGACAAUAUGUUCUAAAACAAGGACAUCAUCGCGUUCCUUGACAAGCUUUUCCAACCAACUGAAAAUCAGAGAAGAACGUGGCCAUUUUUCUAAUGUGAAGGAGUACUGUGGCCCAAUGAAAAAGAGUAUGAGACAAACAAAAAUUCUCAUCGAAGAACCUUUGAAUCCAACCACUGAUAUCAAAUCGUAUAUCAGCUCUUACAACCAUUCCAAAGCACACAACCUAGGUGAGAACCAACACUUACAUUAUUACCAACUACCAUUUCCAUGGAGAGAAAACAGAUACAUCAUCCACGGCUAUAGGUUUUACAAUACCCACUCUAAGUCCCUGUUAUCCAUCAUCAAUUGGUACGGCUGGCAUAACGAAACUUCCAACAUCUGGACCCAUUUGUUGGGAGCCAUGUACAUAGUCUAUUUGGCAGUGUACGAUUUCCCUCAGUCUGAAGUGUGGCAGAAUCCCAAAGUUCCGCAACAAGCAAGAUGGAUCGUUUUCGCGUUCUUGGCAGCUGCGUUGAAAUGCAUGUUGAGCUCUGUGUUCUGGCACACUUUUAACGGUACGUCUUUCCUAGGACUGCGUUCCAAAUUUGCAUGUGUCGAUUAUAGUGGUAUUACAAUCUUGAUCACAGCCUCGAUUUUAACCACUGAAUUUGUCACUAUGUAUUCAUGCUACUGGGCAAUGUGUAUUUACAUGAGCAUUUCUUUAGCGCUGGGUGUAUUCGGUGUGUUUAUGAACUGGUCCCCUCGCUUUGAUAGACCUGAGGCAAGACCACUAAGAAUUAGAUUUUUUAUCCUAUUGGCAACCAUGGGUGUCUUAUCUUUUCUACAUUUGAUUUUUUUGACAGACUUACAUUAUGCUAUAUGGUUGUUUAGCCCCGUCACAAACAAAUCGGUUGUUUGGUAUUUGGUUGGUGUGGUCUUCUAUGGUUCAUUCAUCCCUGAAAGAUUUAGGUCUGAUGUCCAAGUUGAUAUGACUAUUCCAACUGACUACGAACUAUCUACUGAUUUAGAAAUUAUAACAAAGCAGAAAGAGAUUCAUUUCAGAAAGGCACCAACCACCCAUUCCAAGUGCAAGUCCUGUCCAUCUCACGCCAAAUCAUUCAAGUCCCUAUGGUGGGUCGACUAUGUGGGUUGUUCGCACACUUUCUGGCAUUUCUUUGUGGUUUUGGGUGUGAUCGGUCACUACAGAGCUAUUUUAGAUAUGUUUACCAAGAGGUGGGCACUGUCAUGA